GCAAUAAAUACGCGCCUUCAUCAUUAGUGAUGUCACCUCACCACGAACUCUGAUAUUAUCGCGAUGAAGUGGGGAAGUGCGGGACGGGGAGCAGCCAGACUGGCUAGCCAUGGCUAGCUCCGCAAACGCUCCAGCAGCACUCCUCUCCCAUAGCGGGACUCCCUUCAGUCUCCAACAGCAGUAAUUUUCUCUUUCUCACUUUCUCACCAUUCUAUUCUCAUUCUCUGGAAGCGCAAGAGAGGCGCCGUUCGUGUGUUCGCAGUGAUUUCUAGUCCCACAUUAUAAAUGCUUUCAUUAAUAAGUCAUCACUAAGUACCAAACAAACUUGAUCACAAGAAAACAUGCGGUAUCUGUCGGAAGAAGAGCUCAAGGGCUUCGAAAACUACGAGUACACGUGCAAGGAUACCAGCCCGCUGAGCAACUACGUGAUGCACCCGUUCUGGGACCAAGCCGUCAAGCUCGUGCCGCGUGGGGUGGCUCCCAACGUGCUCACGCUGUCGGGGUUCGUGCUGACGCUGGUCAACGUCGGCCUGCUGUCCUACUAUGACUUCGCCUUCUUUGCGUCGAGCGACCUCCACCCUGAGGCUCCACCGGUGCCGCCGUGGGUGUGGCUUGUGUGCGCGGUGAACCAGUUCCUGGCUCACACAUUAGAUGGAAUCGAUGGAAAGCAUGCCCGCCGCACUGGGAGCAGUGGUCCACUGGGCGAGCUGUUUGACCACGGUUUGGACAGCUGGGCAACGCUGUUCAUGCCAGUAUGCCUGUACUCGGUGUUUGGCCGUGCUGAGAUGAGCUGCAACACAUGGCGCUUCCUGCUUGUCCUGUGCAACAUCCACUUCUGCUUCAUUCUAUCCCACUGGGAGAAGUACAACACUGGCAUUCUCUACUUGCCUUGGGGAUACGACAUUUCCCAGAUGAUUCUUCUCGGGAGCUUCGUGCUGACCUACUUGCAUUCAUAUCGACUGUGGAAGUUUACCAUUCUUGGAUUCGGUGCUGGUGAAUGCCUUGAACUGACAUUACAUGCUGGCUCUUUCUUCAUGACAAUACCCAUGUGUCUCCACAACAUUCAUCGUGCCUGGCAAGAGGGGCGCCUGCGGCAGCCCAGUGUCUGGGAAGCAGUGCGGCCACUGCUGUCGGGUGUGGUGCUGUUUGUGCUGGCCCUGAGCUGGGCAGUUGCAUCUCCCAACGACGUGCUGAGUCAUCAGCCGCGCCUUUUCUACUUCCUCCUGGGUACACUGUUCUCCAACAUCUCGUGCCGGCUCAUCAUCAGCCAGAUGACGUCAACACGGUGUGAGGCGCUGAACCUGCUGCUUCUCCCUAUGGCGCUUGGUGUGGCUGGCUGCCUGUGGUUGCAGGCAGACGAGACCCUGGUGCUCUGCCUGUUGGCCACCCUGGUGGCUCUUGCACACGUGCACUAUGGCGUCUGCGUGGUUCAGCAAAUGUGCCAUCACUUCCACAUCCACUGCUUCUCCCUGAAGAGGCCACCUGUGGAGUAGGCCAACGCAGCUGCUGUACAGAGAAUAUAAAAAACAGAGAGGACUGCUUUUUAAGGACCCCAUCGAUGCCAUGUUGGGGGGUGCAGUGCUAGUACAGACAAUAGGUGUGUGUCUUUUUGUGAGCGUGUGUGUGUCAUCAUGGGAGGGGCCAGAGUAGUAUUGUAGCAGUGGCCUCAUUCUUGCAAGAUGCUCAGGAUGGGGCUAGACUGCUGCGGAAGCGCAGGAUACAACUGUGAACCUUGAGGGCGGGACCAAGCUUGAGCCGGAGGUUGCGCACCAGGUCGGUUUGGCUGAGCAGCAGGAAGGCCUCGCCAUCGAUCUCCUGCAUCACAGUAAAGAAGACCCACAUGCUGCGUUCACACACACAUGCAAGCUACUGAUGAUGACAACAUACAACAAGGGUGUGGCGACUAGAAGGGGCAGUGUAGUCGCAGAGAGGCCAUGAAGUCGGUUGUCACUGUACAACUACCGCAUGGACUGCGAACGGGGGUGGCGACCUGGAUGCCAUGUUCUCCUUCUCUGUGCAGCCGACAUCCGUUGGGGGGUCUGUGGAAAUGAAACUACUGAAAUGCUCUUCAAAGACACCCAUAGCCGGCAAUUACCAAUGACGCAAGCAUCUGUAUGAUAUUGCGUAACGUGUUCAACUUGUAUCUUCUGACCUCUGCCAGUACUGGGAAGUAAAAAGCAUGUAACCCAUACAGUGCAAUGCUAUUCUAGUGAAAAUAUGGUGCUGAGCACGUCUUCCAAAGAACAGGCCCGACCCUUCUCCCCGUUACAUCUAUGAAGCAUGGCCAGAGCUCCACAGUCCACGCUUCUGCCCCCUGAACCAAGCCAGUCACGGCACCCUGCACAAGUUUGAACAGGCCUCUGUCUGCACUGCUUCCCAGAAAAAAACUGGGAGCAAUCCACGAAGUUGUACAUUUCACGACGUUGCUUUCUGCUGCACGCACCGCACAGCUUGAACAUGAGUGGCAACAUCCCAGCGUGAUGGAAACAGCCAUGCUGUACAUCUCUCAGGGUGACCAAGAGAUCAUCUAAUGCAGCCGAAAAUAAAGCCUUAUCACGAAGUCA